CCCCCCAAAAUCUCUGUCACAUUUUCAAAACCACAACACGUCACAGAUUUCGCUUCCAACUUCAACUCUCACAGUUCUCUGCAAGGCCUAGUCCCAGACUCGCAAUUCACGCCCCACCAUUCCUAAUUUCUACAAAAAUCACAGAAUCCUAAACGAUGCCAUUCAUAUCCGAGGCUGCGAGUGCCAUAAAAAGCCGAUUCGGGUUCCAAGACCAGUCUUCGGAGUCGAUGCCGUCGGUUCGGAGCUCUCCUGACCUCUUGAAGUCGGCGUCCCACGAUAAUCUCUUCCAGUCCUCGGCGGUUAGGGUUUUCGGCGAGAGAGAUGAUCUCGGCGCUGGACCGGUGAACCAGAGCUUUGAUUUGAGUGAAGAUCCUUCUUUCUGGAAAGAUCACAAUGUUCAGGUUAUAAUAAGAGUACGUCCUCUGAGUAGUUCCGAGAUAUCACUACAGGGAUAUAGUAGAUGUGUUAGACAAGAUAGCUGCCAGUCAAUUACUUGGACUGGGCAUCCAGAAUCACGUUUUACCUUUGAUGUUGUUGCUGAUGAGAACGUUAGCCAGGAGAAGCUAUUUAAAGUGGCUGGGGUGCCAAUGGUAGAAAAUUGUGUGGGAGGCUACAAUAGCUGCAUGUUUGCCUAUGGCCAAACUGGAAGUGGAAAGACUCACACAAUGCUUGGGGACAUUGAAGGGGGCACCCGACGACAUAGUGUCAAUUGUGGGAUGACACCAAGAGUCUUUGAAUACUUAUUUUCAAGAAUUCAAAAGGAAAAGGAGGCACGAAGGGAAGAAAAGUUAAAAUUUACCUGUAAAUGUUCUUUCUUAGAAAUAUAUAAUGAACAAAUUCUUGAUCUAUUAGAUCCAUCCUCCACCAAUUUACAGAUAAGAGAAGACACCAAGAAAGGGGUUUAUGUGGAUAAUCUCACUGAGGCUGAAGUUACAUGCGCUCGAGAUGUGAUUCAACAACUUGUGCAAGGUGCAGCAAAUAGGAAGGUAGCUGCGACUAAUAUGAAUCAUGCAAGUAGUCGUUCUCAUAGUGUGUUUACAUGUAUCAUUGAAAGUAAGUGGGAAUCCCAGGGCGUAACUCAUCAUCGGUUUGCUCGGCUUAAUCUUGUGGAUUUAGCAGGUUCUGAAAGGCAAAAGAGUUCUGGUGCUGAAGGUGAACGUCUGAAGGAAGCUACAAAUAUCAACAAGUCUCUUUCAACAUUGGGGCUCGUGAUUAUGAACCUUGUGAAUAUAUCUAAUGGAAAGUCACUCCAUGUUCCUUACCGGGAUUCAAAGCUUACAUUUUUGCUUCAGGAUUCACUAGGAGGGAAUUCAAAAACAAUUAUAAUUGCAAAUAUUAGCCCAGCUUGUUGCUGUUCAUUGGAGACUCUAAGCACAUUGAAGUUUGCACAACGUGCUAAAUUCAUCAAGAACCAUGCUAUUGUGAAUGAAGAUGCUUCUGGCGACAUCAUUGCUAUGCGGGUGCAGAUUCAACAGCUUAAGAAAGAAGUAUCUCGUUUGAGAGGUGUAGUCAAUGGGGGAGAAAACCAUGAAAGUGAUGCUUGGACAGUAUCCUUUCCAGGAUCUCCAGGAUCCUUUAAGUGGGAAGGGCUUCAUGGAUCACUCAGUCCACUUGUAUCUGAUAAAAGGGUGUCACAUAAGAAAGAAUAUGAAGUUGCCCUUGUUGGUGCUUUUCGGAGGGAAAAGGAUAAAGAUAUUGCAUUGCAGACAUUGGCUGCUGAAAAUAAGGCAGCUCUGCAGUUGGCCAAACAAAGAGAAGAUGAGAUACAAGGCUUAAAAAUGCGAUUGCGGUUUCGGGAAGCUGGAAUAAAGAGGUUGGAGGCAGUUGCUUCUGGAAAGAUGUCAGCUGAGACACACCUGUUAAAAGAAAAGGAGGAACAUUUGAAGGAAAUAGAGGUCCUACGUGCUCAGGUGGACCGGAACCAGGAAGUGACCAGAUUUGCCAUGGAAAAUUUGAGGCUAAAAGAAGAAAUCAGAAGAUUGAAGUUCUUUUGUGAAGAAGGUGAAUGGGAGAGGAUGAAUGAACAGAUCAUGAUAUUACAGAAUAAGUUGCUAGAAGCACUCGAUUGGAAACUAAUGCAUGAAUCAGAUCCUUCAAUUGUUCAGAAAGGCAAUUCAGAUCUGGCAACUGAUAUGCACAGUGAUGGUAAUCUACUGGUAUCCUCCCAGGAGCCAGGAUCACCUUGGCGUACUUCAAUUAAUGAGGAAAAUGAGUUCCUCCGCAUGCAGGCUAUUCAAAACCAAUCAGAAAUGGACGCACUUCACAAGAAACUAAACUUCUGCUUUGAAGAGAGAGAUAAAUUGGAAAGGCAUGUUAGUGAUUUGGUAACGGAGCUAGAAGCAGAGAGAUCUUCCAAAGCACAGAAGGAAGAAGCACAUAAAUUGCAAAUUGAGCUCCGUUCUCCAACUACCGAUCAGAUGGUCAACACUUUGAAUGACCAGCUAGAGCUCAAGGCAAUGGUUGAUGCCAUUGCAGCUGCAAGCCAAAGAGAAGCAGAAGCUCACGAAACAGCGAUUAUCUUGUCCAAAGAAAAUGAUGAAUUGCGGAUAAAGCUUAAGGUCUUAAUCGAGGAUAACAAUAAACUGAUAGAAAUGUAUGAAGGAGCAGUUUCAGAAAACACCGAUAAAAGUGGGGAUAAAGUUCAGAAUUGUCAAGAAUACAACACUGAUGAUCACAUCAAUAAUUUCGACAGAUUUGCUGAAAAGAAGUUAGGGGUAAAAAUGGAAGGUGAAAACUUAGAACAUCAACUUACUGAAAUGCAUGAAGAGAAUGAGAAAUUAAUGGUUUUGUAUGAGAAAGCCAUGCAAGAGAGGGAUGAAUUUAAAAGAAUGUUUUCUUCUGAAGGAGACAUUGUUCAAACUAAAGGAGAACUUCAUUGCUCCGAAAAGCUUGUUGAAGUGGAUGAAGUGAAAUGUCACAAGGCAAACGAAUAUCUUGUUUCUCGAGAGGCAAAACCUUUAAGAGAGGAAACUCGUUUAUUUGGAUCAUACGUGCAGGAUGGAGGAGAAAGUCUCGAGUUAGAGAGAACUGCUGGAUCUGUUGAAGAAGAAGCUUUAUUGGAGGGAGUGAAUUCCUCAAAAUUAAAUAUACAGGAUAAUUCCUGCCAUUGUUCUGGAAAUUCCCAAGAAAAUAAUUUUCUUGAGUUAGAUGAGCCUCCGAGUCGAGAUGGUGGGUUAACAAAGGAAAUUGGUUUUCUUAGUUUGGACACACAAGAUGGGUCCAUCCCAGAUACAGAGAAUCAGAUUGAUACUGAAAAUGAUUCUAUCAUGGAAAACAACUCAUUGAAUCUCACUAUGGUAAAGGUUUCUGAAGAUUUGGAUUUGGUUAGAAUGAAGCUGCACAGAGCACAAGAGAAGCUUUUAAAUUCUGUUGAAACUGUCAGUUUAUUUGGGUCGCUUGAGAAGGCAAUCACUGAGGUUGAUACUCUCGAGAGAAAAAUUCAAGCAGUGGAAGUUGCCAUUCAGAUGAAGCAGCAAGAGUAUGCGUGCCUCAAACUCCUUUCUUGUGAGAUAGACGAAAGACGAGCUCUAAUUGAUAGAAAAUUAAUGGCUCUCAAAUACUCAUUAUCAAACUUUUCUUCGUCAGUUGGUUAUUUUGAACAGCGGGAAGUUCAAGCAAGGGUAAGGUUCAAUGCUUCAUUGUCUUACGUGGAUCGAAAGAAAGAGGAACUAGCCUGCCUUGAAGCCUGUAAGAAUGAAAUUGAGGGUGGUCAGAGAAAAUUUCAACGACUUGAAGUUGAAAUAACAAACAACAUUGCACAAUUGAUUUCAAAAAUGGAGGAAGAAAAUCAAAGGCUAGAGAAUGAAAAGGUUCUUUUUGCCAUCGAUAAUCUUGAGAAAAAAGACAUUCACCCUUCCCAAAGAAUUUGGCAUUUGAGUGGUAAAGCCACUGAGUUACUCAAGUCUGAGGAAGAGAAAACCAAGACACAAACCGAGAUCAAGCAAGCACGAGAAAAGCUUGUAAUCCUGAGAAAGGAAAGUGAAGAUUUGAAAAAGAAAAUUUUGAAGGUGGAGAAUGAAAUGCAAAUUGUUCAAACAGAGAUACAAAAAGGAUUGAAGUCCGUGGAGGAGAUGGAGCACAAGAUUCAAUCUGUCGUUCAAGACAAAGAGACGAUAUUGGAGAUGAAAGAGAAUGGAAGCAUCGAAGUUGAAAAUAUGAUUCUUGAAUACCACCAACAUACAUUUGAAGCAGAGUUGAAGGAGGAAGAGAUGAAGAUCUUGGACGAAGAAUUGCAUAUUGAAUUUGACCGAGUAAGAGAGUUGCAGAAAGCGAAAGUUGCAGCAAUUGAGAAAAAGAGCCAACUAUUGGGAGUCAUAAGGUGUGAUUCAUGCUUGGAAGAGAUCCAAGAUAUUAGAUUGUCAGUUAUGGAGUUGUUGGAGUCAUUGUUUUGAGACGACAGUUAAAUAAGUCUUUUGUUUAACUGUCACCACACUAUGAACACUAUGUUGUUAAGAUUGACAGUGAUUUAUGAGCUUUAAUUAAUGCAAUCUCAUUCGUGCAAUCUCCUUAAUUUA